AUGUAUAUUGUCCGAGGCUUGUCCAUUGAAGAUCUACUUCAGAAGAUUCGUCAGAAGUUGAAGUUGCAACAAAAUCAGGUAAUUUCUUCAGUCACGGGUCGAGUCCCAUGUGGUAAUCGAAAAUAUGCAGGUUUAGAAAUAACUGAUGAUGAGGACAUUGACAUUUUUCUUGGAACAUUUGUCCAAAACUCUACUACAUCUCAAUUUGUUGAGUUAUAUGUCGAUAUUGAGACAUCAGACGACAUGUCAAUACCGACACGUGGGUUGGACCUUAACAGUCAGACACAAAUGCCGUCAUCAUCGGAACCCCAGCCCACACAAUCAACUAUUGCAAGUGGAGAUGAAAGCGACUAUAUGGUAGAUGUUGAACCUGACAAUGAAGAGGAGGAGGAAGAUGAAGACACUCUACUGGAAAAUGACCAUGAUCAGAAUCAUAGUGAUGGAGGUGAUGAUGAACAUCAUGAUAAUCCCAUAUCACAGGAGACUGUUAUCCCUACGUCCAAUAAUCCGGUUAUUCCAUCAUCAUCAGAUAUGACACCAUUUUGGGAUGACAUCCCACACUAUGAGGCUGUUAAUUUUGAUUAUCCGAACGAAGACAUACUGGAUGUUGAAGGCUUAGGUCGUGGUCCGUGGACAAGAGGAGACGAAAUGUAUGUGAAACAAGAGUUUCGGUCAAAGAGCGAUGUUCAAGCUGCUAUAAAACAUUACUGCAUGAAUGAGCAUCAAGAAGGUGUAGUGGUUGAAAGUACAACCACGAAGUUGUCUAUGAAAUGCCAUAAGCAUGAAGAAGGCUGCAAUUGGCGAGUAAGGGCAAUUAAACCGAAGAAUAGGAACAGCUGGGUAGUCAGUAAAUGGGUUGGAAAACAUUCUUGUGUCAGCACAACCCUUUCUCAAGAUCACAAACAACUUGAUUCACAUUUUAUAUCUGAGGCCAUUCUAGACAUGGUGAAGGCUUCGCCGUCGGUGGCCGUUAUCUUGAUACAAGAACGGGUUACUGCCCUUUUUGGAUAUAAUGUUUCUUACAGGAAGGCGUGGAUGGGAAAGCAGAAAGCAAUUGCUAAGAUUUACGGAGAUUGGGACGAGUCAUACGCGUUCCUGCCAAGAUGGUUCGCACACAUGUUGAAUUUUUCUCCGGGGUCAGUUUACCAUAUUCAACAUGGACCGUGUGUCAUGAAUGGACAAGUCGAUGGUACGCAUCUGUACGGUAAAUAUAAAGGGACAUUAUUGAUCGCCACAGCGCAAGAUGGAAACAAUGAGGUCUUGCCAAUUGCAUUUGCGGUCGUUGAAAGUGAAACAAAAGAUGCAUGGGAAUAUUUUUUGGCAUCCAUCCGAAUGCAUGUAACCAAUAAGACUGGUAUAAGCCUUAUUUCGGAUCGACACAAAAGCAUUUUAUCAGCAGUGGCCAAUCCAGACAUUGGAUGGCAACCUCCUAAUGCAUACCAUGUGUUUUGCCUUCGUCAUGUAGGGAGCAAUUUUAAUACACGAUUCAAGGAUCAAUACAUGAAGGGUUUUCUAAAGAAGCUAGGAUAUAUUGCAAAUAAAGACUACUUUGAUGCUGCGUAUGCCGAGUUCUGCAGCAUUAGUCCAGAGGUCGCUGCGUGGAUUGAGGCUGUUCCAAAGGAGAAAUGGACUCGGAGUUACGACGAGUGUGGACGAAGAUAUGGUCACAUGACAACUAACUUUUCUGAAUCAGUGAACAGGGUUUUCAAGGGAGCGAGGAACAUGCCAAUAACUUCUUUGGUAAAAUGCACAUAUAGUCGACUUGCACGUUACUUUUUUAAAAGAGGGUGUAAAGCACAGACAGAUGUUGAGAUUGGAAAGCGUUUCUCAAAAACUAUUUCAGAAGCGAUGACAAAGAACAGUGAGAGGGCUACAUCGAUGCGUGUUCGGGAGUAUAACGUGGCGCGCACCUCAUUUGAAGUCGAUGACCAAGGAGAUACAUUUUGGGUUAACCUCAAUGAUAGGAAAUGCCAAUGUGGUAAGUUUCAAGCAUUCAAAAUUCCGUGUAGCCAUGUUAUUGCAUCAUGUAAGAAGGUAGCCCUUGAUGUUGAGCAAUACGUGGAUCCGGUGUUCUCUGUAAACUCCAUUAUGCGUGUCUACUCUUCUCCAUUUCUGCCGAUUGGUAGUGAAGAUGGAAUUCCCCCACAUCCCGGACCAAAGCUUGUUCCUGAUGUCUCAAUGAUGCGUGGACAGGGGCGUCCUAAAUCUACACGUAUUCGCAAUGAAAUGGACGAACUUGAGGACCAACCAAGUUCUAGCCAAACUAAAUGCAGUAUAUGUAAGAUAGCCGGACAUAAUAGGCGUGCAUGUCCUACAAGACGCAUAUCAAAUUAA